CUUCUUCUCCUUCCUUGGGUCAUUGUUUUGAAUGCAAAGAGAAAGGGGGGCUUAUGGAGGCGUGUGCUCCGGUGGCCAAUGGCGGAGCGUCUCUACCGCGGGACCGCACAUGUUUACGCGCAGAAUUCCGCCGGUUGAAGCUACAGCUUAGUCCGGACUGGAGUACGCCGCAACUGGACGCGGAAUGCUCCGCAUGGGAUGUUUUUAAAACAAUUUUGGCUCCUGUGAAUGAACCUCAGCGAAUGGCGUUGAGUGCGAGCCUUGAGCCCGACGAUUAGAAGCGAACUCGUCGACGAAAAGAAGGUUGCGGGACCGGCUAGUAGCCAUUUUUCUCAAUCGUAUGCACGUAACAUUGCGGUUCGGCCGGCUCCGCGUUUUCUCGCCGACUUCCCUCUCAGCUAGCGAGGCAAGCAGCGAAAACAAACAGGUCGAGGCGAGGAAAAAAGAGAAGAGAGAAGAUCGGCAGCCGGUUUUGUACGUGGGAAGAAUUGUUUGUCUUGUCCUCAGCGUGGAAGUUGGCGAAGACGACGGCGUUCGUUGGAGUGUCGAGUCCGUCGAGUAUGUUCCCGCUUCCGGACGUUUUGUCAGGGCUCCCGCCGCCGCCGCUGCCGCCCCUUGACGUUUACUAGCCGAGCCGCUUCAUGCUGUAAAAAAGAAAAGAAAAAUAUUUCACCCCCCGCCCCCUGGUAAAUUUGCUUCGGACACCCGCGUAGAAAAAUGCACAACCGGCGUCUGGUGAAGCGCUCCGUCCUUGGCAGCCGUGUGUACGCGUCGAGCCCGACCGGCGACGGCGCCCCGGUGACCGGAGAGGUCCAGGCUGUCAAGCAGGAAAGCGCCGAGGACGCGGCGGCCGCGGGGGCUCGGCGCGGCGGAAACACUAGCAGCGUCUACACGGUGCUCCUGCCGGACGGCAGCCUGAAGGAGUUUGCCGAGGACGAGAUAACCGCCGCCGGCUUGAACCACGCGAAGGGGCCACUCAAGUCCAGCUUGAAGAGCUCUGUUAACGGGCACAAGGUGGACGACCCCGAGGCAACGGAGGGCGACCGCCACGAGACAAACGGUAAUCGAAUGGAUGCUUGCCGCUCGGUGUCCCUGCUGGAGCAAAAGCGCAAGGUUGUCUCCUCCAGCAUCGACGUCCCGCACGCCAGGCGGUCAGAGGAGGAAGUGGACAUGGACAAGGUGACAGCCGCCAUGGUCCUCACCAGCCUCUCCACCAGCCCGCUGGUCAGGAGUCCGCCCGUCAAAGUCAAUGAGGCUCUUAGUGGCUCGUGGAAGGAGAACGGCUCUACGGGUCUUUUCACUCCAUCCAGCAAUGGCUCGUCGGGCGGCUACUGGAGCUGGUCGCCACCCAGCGACCAGUCCAACCCGUCCACACCGUCGCCGCCCCUCUCGGCUGACAGCUUCAAACCCUUCCGGGUGCCCAGCGGAGUGCCCCCUAACGCGGGGACCGAGGACCCCAGCCUGGAGGAGACGGACGGCAGCAGCCUGCUCUUUGACGAGCCCAUACCACGCAAGCGCAAGAAUUCUAUGAAGGUGAUGUUCAAGUGCCUGUGGAAGAACUGCGGCAAAGUCCUGAGCACUGCCGCCGGAAUCCAGAGGCACAUUCGCACCAUCCACCUCGGCCGCAGCUGCGACUCGGACUGCAGCGACGGUGAGGAAGACUUCUACUACACCGAGAUCAAGCUCAACACGGACACGGUGGCUGACGGCCUGAGCAGCCUGUCGCCGGUGUCGCCCUCCGUCCUGAUCCCGCCUCCCCAGCCGGAUGCCCACGGGGCCGCGCCCGUGGCCCUGUCCCCAUUGCCGCCACCUCCCUGGACCAAGGAGCCUCACUCAGGCAGUGUUACGCCGCUCAGCCGCUCUGCGCCCAGCGCGCUCUACCUCAUCCAUGCCGAUCACGCCUACCAGGCCACGCCUCCGGUGUCCAUCCCGUCCAAUGGGGCCACCAACCCGGCGGCCUCCUACAGCUUCACGCCCACCAAUGGCUCAGGCUUCAGCAUCUCUUGGCAAUCACCGCCCCUUGCUUUCACCGGCAACAGGGUGUCACCCAGUAAGAGUCAGGGCUUCGCCGACCAGCGUUCCCAAACCAUCACUGUCCUUUCAUCCCCGCCCAGAGCCACAGCCGCUCUCAGUCGUAAAGUGCGCAGCGAAGGCAAGAAGUGUCGCAAAGUAUACGGGAUGGAGAACCGCGAUAUGUGGUGCACUGCCUGCCGCUGGAAGAAAGCCUGCCAGAGAUUCACAGACUAGACUGACGUCAGAGCGGCCUAAACAGGGCGGGGAGCAUCGCAACUGUCCCUCGAGCUCCGCCUUUGCCCGCAAAGCCCCCAUUCCUCCAUUCCAGUAGGUGUGCCGAUCCCGGAUGACUUUGUCGUCAUACCCAAAGUGCAGCUAAAAAAAUGGUGCGAGGAAAAACAACAUUUCUGGUGUUUUUCAUUUUGGUUUGUUUGCUUUUCGUUCUUUUUGAAGAUGCGCUGCAAAAAGACGAGCUUUUUCUGACUCUGACGUCAAACGUCUCUGCUAGCUAAGUUAAAGAAAGGCGGGAACAGCGUGACAUUGUCAUGGUUUUCUUAUUUCAUUUUGAGCUACUUGUCCAGAACAUUUCUUGCCUGCAUCCUGCCCCCUUUUUCAAACGGAAACCAAGAAACAUCCAGACAAACCAGACUAGUGUUGUCACAAACUUUACAACGAGGAACCAAUUUUUAUUCCCUCAAAUGCUGAAGAAAAUUCGGGGAACACCUUGAAGUUAUCUCAUCAUCUUCAUCUCUUGUUUUACCUCGGUCAGUUUUUAGAGAACAUCCAGGCGAUUGCCAACCUGGCCCUCCAUGUACGUUCUGUUGAGUGAUUUAAACCCAAGGAAGCAAAUCCAAA